UGUGGCUCACUCGCUUUUCUGUCGGAGAUUCAAACAAGUCGUUGUUCGAAGGCGGAUCUUUUGCCAGCCCGUUAACCCUUUCAUGCAAGGCAGCGAUGCGUGCAGACGCGCAUCUGUGAGUCUUGAGGCGGCGCGAGAAGAGACAGGUGCGCUGCGCCUGCACGAUGGACCCCGCAGCUCCGAGGUGAAGCCGCCGCUGCCGCCGCUUGCUGUCGCACUCGCCGUCUCAUCCUCUGCCCUCCGCUCAGAGGCUCGCACACAUCCAAAGACGGAGAGCUGCUGCCCGUGCUGCAGGCGCGCCGUGCAGGACUUUCCAUGUCAAAAUGACACAACAAAUGCAAAACCUGCAUCUCUCGAAUCCGAGGAAGAGCAGCGGGCCAGCCUCUCCCAGCGCGGCCAAGCGACUCUACCGCAACCUCUCAGAGAAGCUGAAGGGUAGCCACUCGUCCUUCGAUGAAGCCUACUUCUUCGGGCGCUCGGAUCGUUUGCGGAAGGCGUCUGUGAAUGUGCAGUCCAAUGAGGCUCUGUUCGAGGCUGUGGAGCAGCAGGACUUGGACGCCGUACAGAUCUUGCUCUAUCAAUACACGGCAGACGAGCUGGACCUGAAUACUCCCAACAGCGAGGGACUCACGCCACUGGACAUAGCCAUCAUGACCAACAAUGUGCCCAUUGCCAGAAUCUUACUGAAAGCUGGCGCCAAGGAGAGCCCACACUUCCUUAGCUUGGAGAGCCGCGCCAUGCAUCUCACUGCCCUGGUCCAUGAAGCUCAGCAGCGUGUUAAUGAGCUGUCCACUCAGGUGUCUGCAGAGGGGCUCAAUACGGACAUCUCCGAGAAGGAAAAACAGCUGAAAGCUUGGGAGUGGAGAUACCGGCUCUACAAACGAAUGAAGGCUGGCUUUGAUCAUUCACGGGUCCCAGAGACGCCAUCUAAUGUCCGGCUCGCCGUCACAAGCAGCACAUCACUCACUGUCACCUUUCAGGAACCUCUCAGUAUCAACUCUGCUGUAGUCACCCGAUACAAAGUUGAAUGGAGCCUCUCUAAAGACUUCUCAUCUUUGGCUGGGGAGCUGAUCCUGGACAGUCUGCAGUCUGGGAUCCUGAGGUGCACCAUCCCGGGUCUUUCAACGGGCAGGGUGUAUUAUGUCCGAGUGUCAGCGUGCAAUAUGAAAGGCUGGGGCCCGCCGCUGCUCGCCACGCCUGCAUUUGCUACACCUUCGAACUGGAAGGAGUUCGAUGGCCGGGAGCCGAGGUCUCGGGGACAGAAUGAGGCCCUGGAACGUCUCCUGCAACAAGUGCGCAACAUACACCAGCGCUGCAGCUGCCAAGAGCCAUCCAAGGUGCAGAAUCCAAGCCGCAAGCAGUCUGUGUCUAGAAGUCUGAAGCAUCUUUUCCAUUCUUCCAACAAGUUUGUGAAGAUUUUAAAAAGGGGUCUCUAUGUAGCAGCUGUGGUUUACCACAAAGACAAUAUUCUGGUGACCAAUGAAGAUCAGAUACCUAUCGUUGAGAUUGAUGAUUCCUAUUCCAGUUCUAUCAUGCAGGACUUCUUGUGGUUCACUAAGUUGUCAUGCAUGUGGGAAGACAUAAGGUGGCUUAGACAAAACAUGUCCGUCUCCAUGUCAUCAUCGUCAACCCUUCAGUCAAGACAGAAGAUGCUGGCUGCUGCUGGUCAGUUACAGAACCUACUAGGCACCCACAACUUGGGUCGGGUUUAUUACGAGCCCCUCAAAGACCGACACGGCAAUAUGCUUAUCGUAACGGUGCGUGAAGUGGAAAAUCUCUACUCCUUCUUCAACGGCAAGUGGAUGCAGAUAUCGAAACUACAGAGUCAGCGUAAGUCUCUGUCAACUCCGGAGGAACCCACAGCCCUGGAUGUCCUUCUCAUCACCAUUCAGGAUAUCCUGUCCUACCAGAAAAGGAGCCACCAUCGUCUGUCUGCUGGCCUCUACCUGGGGUACCUAAAGCUUUGCAGCUCAGUGGAUCAAAUUAAAGUCCUUGUUCCCCAAAGGCUACCUAACGUGUUGUGCCACUCUAAAAUACGGGAGAACUGCAACGUUUCCAGAGAAGAGUGGGAAGCUCUCCAGAAGCUGUCUGGCCCUUAUUAUGUGGAAAGUGUGGAUCAGAACCUUGACAGUCAUUCACAGUUCAUCUUCUAUGAGCUCCAAAUCGCAGUGAAGACUUUGCUUAAACAAAUCAAUCUACCUCUGCACCAGGCCAAACACUUCCGGCUGUACACACAGGAGGUGCUGGAGCUGGGCCACAAUGUCAACUUUCUUCUGUUGCUGCCAGCAUCUGAUGACGUGUGCACCGCCCCCGGACAGAGUAACCCGUACUCCCCGCACUCCGGAUUCCUUAACCUUCCUCUACAAAUGUUUGAACUAGUUCACUUUUGCACUUAUAAGGAGAAAUUCAUCGGCCUUUACUGUCGACUUUCUGCUGUCCUGGACCUUGAUUCACUGAUUACCCAGCAGGCCUUAAGAGAAGCCCUCUCUGAUGGGGAAGUUGUGCUGGCAAAGCAACGUCACCAGCAAGUCCUUGAUUACAUACAGCAAAUGGAGGAGAUGUGGAGAGAGGUGAGGUGGAUCAUGGAUGCCUUGCAGUACGCACGAUACAAGCAACCCACUGGUGGACUUCCAAUCAUGUGGCUUGUGGACUUCACGGUAGAACACAUCCCAGAGAAGAUCGACUCUACCUCCUCGCACAUGGACUACAUGCCAACGCCCUCACCUUCUCCUGAACUGCGAAGGAGAAAGGCAGUCAGUGACUCCCAGCCUGGGUCCGAUGAGGAGGGCUGCUCAGAGGUUUUCCUUCCCACCGACAGUGACUAUGAUUCCAGCGAUGCACUGAGUCCCCGGGAGCUGGACCUUGUGUACUCAUCCUCCCAGGACAUAUCCCAACAGGCUGUUUCGGGGCUGAGUGGGAGUGCACCAGAUGUCUUGCAGGCUCAUGACCUGAAAAACACCCUCAGCUUAAAAGAGGAUAUUCGACUGUCCAGCGGCUGUGAAGCGGAGAUCGAAACAUGCACAAAGACGGUGGAUGGCUUGACUUUAUCUGUGUUCACCCCCAAAACCUCGGAGAAGUCAUCCCACAGUAAACAGCACAGCCAGCCCCAAAGUAAAAAGAAGCUGCUCUCCAAGCACCAGCGGCACAGCUACUUCAGCUGCCAUCAUCGCUGGCUCCGUGUACAUAGCGAGAGCCAGGCAACUUCCUUAUCAGAGGGGGUCUACACGCCACAGCGCGAGGAAGACUUGCCACCUGAUUCGGCAUCUGGCGGAUAUGAGCCUGUGUUUGAAGAGCUACCUAGGGGCUCCUUCUUAUCUCACGCCUCGAGCCUCCCAGAGGAAGAGAAGACACAAUAUCGUGAGUCGAAACAGAACGUCCGGCGGAUAUUUGUAGAGCCGUGUAAAAAACCCGCACCAUCCAACAAGGAAUGCCAGCCAUGGACUCUACAUGUGGGUGAGGCGCCCUCCGUAUCUGAGGCCCCUCCUAGCAUCGCCAUUGGAGACGUGGGACAGGACGUAGAUUCUGAUGACCAAACCAAUUCUCAAAUAUCUGAAAUUUUUAGUAGUACACUCUAG